AUGAAAGCGCCAUGGGGAGGUAGCACUUGCAAUGCGCCGAGCAAACUAGUCCAAUUCAUGUUUGCUUAUGGUACAACUACCACUCAAAUGAGGCAAGUUUAUCGAUCGCAGGUUGUUGAUAUUUUGCUAGGUGCUACCUUCCAAGGUUAUAUUUCCGUCCUGCGCUUCCAAUGUUGUGCGGUUCCGUUGCUAUGGUGGCGGAUCCUGAUACCUCAACAUAAUUGGGGAAUUGUUCGUAUUGACUGGAGGUGGAAGCGUGUAACCCAUAACGAUAGGCAGCAUAGGCGCCGUCGAUUGCAUGUCGGAAAAGUCGAAUUCAGCGAUGCGCCCGAAGUUCCGACUCUCCGCGCUACUGGAUUAUGUGUGACUCUUGAGGCAAAUUUUACUUCAGUGGUAACUAAAUUUUUGCACAUGAUUUCAAACUUAAAAUGUUCUAGUAACCAAAAGCAAUGUCCCACUUACAAUUCUGGUUUCUCGCGCGACUUUGCAGACGGUAUUGCGAGUACCAAAUCUAGAGUCAGGCCCCCUACUCCGCAAUAUAAUUUUCCUAAAGUGGCUGUGUUCGGCUCAUGCAAUACAUUGGCUGACUCAUGGUUCCUUGGGUGCGUCUUUGUUGGAAUGUCUGCAAUUAAACGCCACGUUGGUACCAAUCAUAGAGACUCUUUUAAUUAUACGACAACCCUAAUGCGUGCUUCCAACUGCUUUCUGAUUCGGAAACAACGAGGAGUCCUAAGGGAAAGAAGCCGCCAGUCGGAGUGGUGCGGAGCCACGUCCUUACACACUACCGAUUUUCGAUGUCUUAUGCUAGUAGCAUCCUCGAAUCUAUUUGUUUGCAGUUACGGAGCUCUCAAAGCUCUACUAGUGGUAGGCUUAGGUCACAUGACAGUUCCUCAUACCUCUAAUGAAACCCCCUACUCCAAGGAUAGUAUGGCAGAUUGGCACGUCGUGUUCGAUCUGGAAGAUGUCCUGCAUACGACGCUUGAUAUAGACCGUAUGAAUCAAGCCACGCAACCAAUGCUAAUCGCCAGAAGACACGCAAAUGGGUCGAGGCAAUAUCCAUGGCAUAUGAUGACAAUUGGCAUGGAUAUACUGAAUAUUAUGAUAACUUCUUCCCCAGGGUUACAAAAGUACGCUGAAUCUAGUGAUACCCAGGACUCCGCUCUUACUAGUCAACAGGACAACGUUCAUCCGGCUACCGACUUCAACGCAACAAGAAACGGCAAGGUGCCAUGGAAAUUCCUAUAUCAUAGAGGGGGCUGGCUAGCUCAACUUGAGGGCCACAAGCGCAUAGCCUCUAUAAGAGUGAUAUCUCCCGUAGGUCUCUCAUGCUGGAAUAGUGAGGAUUCAUUAAUAUAUGUCGCAUGGUUUCUGGAUCCAUUCGCCGUAGCCACCUUCGAUGGCAAGAAAACGCGGAAGAUGUGCGUGAUAACGAAGACGCUCAACCAAUGUCCCACUUACACAGGAACAGCACGACAGCGUACUGGAGGUUCAAGUUUUGAACCAAGGACACUAGGGAAUGGCAAAUUAAGCAUUUGUUGGGGAUUAGCGCUGUCAUGGAUAAGCGAGAAUUGCAUACUGAGCGCAUGGGAUUCUUUCAAGGUUCUAAUACAGCCCAGGAACCCGCUUAGAGAGGUGAGAAACGGAGCCAGAAAUGUGUUACGCUCUCCAGUAACGUUAAAUUUUAAGAAGCGGGAAAAUGAGUUGAUGGGAAGCAGGGAUGUCUGUCCAUCCUUCCAAAUCGAGGCUGGUCAUGAAUGUGGCUUGACACAUGGCGCCAUCAUGGAAUUUUUCCCCUCCUAA